AUGAGUCCCAGCGGCUCACGAGUUGCCUUUCGAGAUCUGAAUGAAUGGAAUUUGUUCCUCAAAACACCCGAGGCUCGAGAAAUCUUCCGAGGAGCCGGAAAAGGGGUCUCGCACAACUGCAUGAUGGCUCAGGUGUCAGCCCUCCGGGAUGCAUUGCCGGACGAGGAGCUCGCGGCACGUCUUGAUAAGGUUCGCACCAGCAAGGAAUCAACUUCAACUCAAGAGUUGACUCCAUCUGAACUGGCACUCGAUGGUGAGGUGGAUUCGUCGCCGGGUCCUCAAGAAAAGGCUGUGACUCUAUCGGGCAUGCGAGCCUCUGUCUCAGCCAGUCGAAAUUCAGGCCGAGUAGAGAACUUCCUUGAUGAAUGGCUUAAAAAGGCUAAGACUGUUGCAUGUAGUACAAACUGUGAUAUGAUUGUAUUUGCGGUAUCAAGACACCUAGGGCCACAUUCCUUCCAGUUGGUCAAAACGACACACAGUGCGACCCCAUUCCGCAAGUACGCCGACGACAUCGAUGGCCUGAACACCUAUGCAGCUCGCUUUCAGUCCUACUUGACUGGACACAGCACCGAUCAGAUUGCCGAGCUUGCCGAGGGACUUGAGAAGGACCCAUCAAGACCCAUCAGUGUCACAACACGGAUGUCCCGCCUCAUCGCCAAGAAAACAGAGAAGAUACUGGUCAAAUGGCCUUGGUCGAGAAACAAGAAGAAACUUGCGGCGGCAGGCUUUCGCCUUGUCCUCCACCCUGAAAUACGAACUCCUUAUGAGAAGAUCUCCUCACCAAGCCGUCGCCUCACGCCGACCGAUAUCCGCCGGCUUCAUAUUGACUUGGAUGUCCGAUUUAUUGACAUUGUCAAAGUAAAUCCUUCAACCAAAUCCAACAACACUGACUCAGAUGCAAGCAGUAGCGAAUUGACGCCUGGUCCUCAAGGCAAACAAUCAACCGCUGGUAAUCAAGUCAAACGACCAAAGCCUGUUCAUCAAGCAAAACAACCAAACCCUAGUCAUCGAGCCAAAAAAACCGCCCCUUGCCCUCCACUUCAACGAUCGCCAACACCUUGUGUUCAACAUGAACGAUCUCACUCAGUUUCUAACAGUGAAGAAUCUCUGGCUACAUUUCGUCGCCGACAUAGAGAGCACGUCCACGCGGCCAGAAAUCACCCAACUCCUCCUAGCCUUAGCUCUUCUCAAGAAGAUGCCAAAGGCCAAACCGAUCAAGAUUCAAACUAUGAUGGCUCUGCCGGUGGCUGGCAGGAAGGAUCUGAAAGUGAUUCACAUUAA